AUGGCACAAGAUGAGAUUUUCUCAGGCCCAGUAUCCGAGAGUGUUCCGACCGCCUCGAGCUCAUUUUACCACCGCCGCUCACGAGCAGAUUCCAACGCCAGUUUCGCUUUCUACGAGGAGGAUCGGGAUUAUGAUUCCGAGGAGUGGGGAGAAGAUGCUAUACUAGAUGAGCAGGACGAUCUCGAGCGACAAAGUCUGAAUGGAGAGAACACCUUCUUAGAGCCAGAGCUGGACGCUGACCACGAGGAUGAUUCGCUGAGAGAGGAAGAGUCGGUCAUCGAACGACGCCCAAGCCACGGUCGGAGGAAGAACUCGGGCAUGUCAAGACGAUCUACUGGCUCGAGAGCCUCGAUUUCAGUACAGAGUCCUCUGCUACGCCGACAACAUUCAGAGUCCUCCGACAUCAGCGGCUUUUACACUGGAGAGCGAAUGACACAGAAGAUCUACAUCCUCACUGAGGAUUUGACCAUCGUCGUUGCUGGUUUCAAGACUUCGCUCCUGGGAUUCGCCAUGUACAUUUGUUUCUGUGUUCUGACUGGAGGUAUCGGGUAUCUCCUGUUCCGCUGGUUGCCUAAAUGGCAUACUCGCCUGGUAGGAAAGGCCACUCCGCUGGGUCAAGCAGACUGGGUCGUGGUGGAAAAUCAGUGGGGAGAGAUGGUUGUUCAAGCUCUCAGUACACAAGUGUUUGGUCAGCCAAUAUCAUCGGUGUUUGGACAUCCUCGGGGUAAGAUGCAAGAUUACGACGAAUACGACGAUCCGAUCAUGGACGAGCUGCGGAUCAUGGACUACAGGUACAUUCGAUUUUGCUACCACCCAGCAAAAGACAAGUUUGUAUUGGGAAACACCUGGAAAGAUCCGACCUGGACCGACGUGGGCACCAUUCGAAUGGGUAUCGAUGGUGAUGAGCAAGAAGUCCGCGAACGUAUUUUUGGGAAGAACGCCAUCGACAUUGAGCAGAAGACGACGGCACAACUGCUGGUGGACGAAGCAUUCCAUCCUUUCUACGUGUUCCAGAUCGCAAGCCUCAUAUUGUGGUCACUCGACGAGUAUUACUACUAUGCAGCUUGCAUCUUCAUCAUAUCGGUCGUCAGUAUCACCACCACACUCAUCGAGACCAAGCAGACCAUGCAGAGGCUACGCGACAUCGCAAGGUUUGAGAGUGACAUUCGUGUCCUGCGCAGCGGCUUCUGGCGUUAUAUCGAGUCUAGCGAGUUGGUCCCAGGUGAUGUCUAUGAGGUGACGGAUCCCAACUUGGCGCAAUUUCCUUGCGACAGCUUGCUGCUGUCGGGCGAUUGUAUCGUGAAUGAGAGCAUGCUCACGGGCGAGUCUGUGCCUGUAUCGAAGACGCCUGCGACUGACCACACAUUGGACAUGCUGGAUCUCGGCUCAUCGACCAUUCACGCAGACGUCGCGAAACAUAUGCUUUUUAGUGGCACAAAGAUCAUCCGCGCACGUCGACCGCAAGACGACAAGGGUGAUGAGGCGGCAGCGCUGGCGCUGGUCGUUCGGACUGGGUUCAAUACGACAAAAGGCGCACUGGUCAGAUCCAUGCUCUUUCCGAAACCGUCCGGCUUCAAGUUCUACCGUGAUUCAUUUCGCUAUAUUUCCGUCAUGGCAGGCAUCGCCGCUGUGGGCUUCGUUGCGUCUUUCAUCAACUUCAUUCGUCUGGGGCUGGAGUGGCAUCUCAUCAUCGUGCGUGCUCUCGAUCUCAUCACAAUCGUUGUGCCACCCGCUCUGCCCGCGACGCUCACCAUCGGUACAAAUUUUGCGUUACAACGACUCAAGGCCAAGAAUAUCUUCUGCAUCAGCCCACAAAGAGUCAAUGUAGGGGGCAAGCUGGACGUCAUGUGCUUCGACAAGACUGGAACUCUGACAGAGGACGGGCUCGAUGUACUUGGAGUACGCGUCGUCUCACGUCCAUCCAACCGUUUCAGUGAUAUCCUCACUGAGUCUUCGGCUUUACUACCUGGAGCAGUAUACGAGCGCGAUCCUACAACGGAUUACGCUGCCAAUAAAGCAAUUCUGUACGCCAUGGCUACGUGUCAUUCCUUGCGGAUUGUGGACGGCGAGUUCAUCGGUGAUCCACUUGAUCUCAAAAUGUUCGAGUUUACUGGCUGGCAGUUUGAAGAGGGGGUUGAACACUCGGGCGGCGGAGAAGACGAAGAGGACAACUCUUUGUCUCCGUCAGUGGCGCGGCCACCUCCUGGCUUGGAGUAUGACUUGGACGAGGAGCAGGGCACCCCGAACAGCAAAAGAGCGAUUGAGCUCGGCGUCCUCAAAUCGUUCGAGUUCGUCUCGCAACUUCGACGGGCCAGUGUAAUUGUGCGACAAUUCGGCGAGAAGAGCGGUGACGUGUUCGUGAAGGGCGCGCCGGAAGCGAUGAAAGAGAUCUGCAGACCUGAGAGCUUUCCUGUCGACUACGACGAUUUGCUGGCAUACUACACUCAUCGCGGCUUCCGAGUCAUUGCCUGCGCCACCAAACAUAUCUUCAAGUUGAACUGGUUGAAGGUGCAGAACAUGAAGCGGGAAGAUGCCGAGUCGAAUCUGGACUUUGUGGGAUUCAUCAUUUUUGAGAACAAACUCAAGGACACGACGACUGAGGUCAUCGGCGAGCUCAUGAAUGCCAACAUUCGGACCGUUAUGUGCACUGGCGACAAUAUUUUGACCGCCAUUAGUGUAGCAAGAGAAUGCGGCAUUCUCGAUCGCACUGCACAUUGCUUUGUUCCGCAUUUCGUCGAAGGCGAUGCGCGAACGGCGCUGUCAAGGCUCGCCUGGGAAAGCGUGGACAACCCCGUUUACCAAUUGGACGACAACACUCUGCGACCGUUGCCGCCGCCGGCCGAUCAUGACGCUUCAUUGCCCUAUGACAUCACAAACCUGCGCAAUUACUCGGUGGCGGUGUCGGGAGAUGUGUUCCGCUGGAUCAUCGAUUUCGCAUCGCCCAAAGUCCUUCGCGAGAUGCUUGUGGUCGGUCAGGUCUUUGCACGCAUGUCUCCCGAUGAGAAACACGAGCUGGUUGAGAAAUUACAAAGCAUCGACUACUGUGCCGGCUUCUGCGGCGACGGGGCCAAUGACUGCGGGGCGUUGAAGGCGGCCGAUGUUGGCAUCUCGCUGUCAGAGGCCGAGGCCUCUGUGGCAGCCCCCUUUACCAGCCGGGUAUUCGACAUCUCCUGUGUGCCGGAGGUCAUCCGCGAAGGCCGGGCAGCGCUCGUGACGAGCUUCAGCUGCUUCAAAUACAUGAGUCUCUAUUCCGCCAUCCAGUUCACGUCGGUCAGCUUCCUCUACGCCACGGCAUCGAACCUGGGAGACUUCCAAUUCCUCUUCAUCGACCUCCUCCUGAUCCUCCCCAUCGCCAUCUUCAUGGGCUGGACCGGACCCUACCGCGAGCUCUCCCGCAAGCGACCCACGGCCAGCCUCGUCUCGCGCAAAGUCCUCAUCCCCCUCAUCGGCCAGAUCGUCAUCUGCGUGCUGACCCAAUUCAUCGGCUGGUACUUCGUCCGCAAGCAAUCCUGGUACGAACCGCCGAUCAUCGACCCGGAGCAUUCCAACUCGGAGAACUCCGAGAACACCACCCUCUUCCUCAUCUCCUGUUUCCAGUACAUCCUCUCGGCCAUCGUGCUCUCCGUCGGGAAGCCCUUCCGCCAAUCCAUGCGGCACAACCUCCCCUUCGUCGUCACCAUGCUCAUCGCCCUCGGCAUCUCGACCUACAUGCUCUUCGACCCGGCCGCCUGGGUCCAGGGCGUCAUGGAACUGACCUGGACGAGCCCGGCCUUCCGCGUGUUCAUCCUGGUGCUGUCCAUCGGCAGUUUCGCCAUCAGCCACCUCUCGGAGCGGACACUCUUCCCGCGGCUGGCGAAGGCGAUCGGCCGGGCGGCGCAGUCGUGGCGGAAGGCGGAGAAGAAACGGAAGGAAUACAAGGUCAUUAUCGAGGACAUGUCCCCGUUGUAA